UAAAAUUAAUUGCAAACAAUUUAAUUACAUAUUUGAAGACACAAUUGGAUUGAAAUGAUGGCAUCAAAUGUGAUGAUUACCGAUGUAUUGGACGAAUUGAAUGAAGAAAAUCAAAGACUUUUGUGUGAAUUAAGAUAUAGUCAGCAAUUGAUUGAAAUGUUUGAUAAAUACAGACAUUUAGUGAAUAGUUUGCAAACAAAUUGUGUUUGUAUUGAAAACAAUGAAUUGAAAACACAAUUCAAUGAAAUGGAUGUCAAAUACAUGAUAUUAAUGAAUAAUAAAAGUGAUGAUAAAAGUUGUAACAAUCAAAACAAUAACAACAAAUCUAAUGAUAAUUAUACGGAAACUGUGGACACAAUUGAUGAUAGUUUGAUGAAUAAAUCGAUUAAAAGAAGUAGAGGAAGACAGAAGAAAUUAAAGGAGAAAAUGGUUUAUAAAUGCCAUUACAUGGGUUGUGACAAACAGUUUGGUUACAAGAGUUUACUUCAGACACACAUUAAGAUCAAACACAUUAUGGAUAAAAAACACGACAUCAAUGUUGAUGUUGAUGUAAAUGACGACAACAGCACUUCCGAUGACAUUUGGACACAGGAUGAAGAUAUAGAGACAUCGAGUGAUAGUACAGAAAGUAUGGUCCAAAAGAAGACCAAACCGAAGAAGAAACCAAUUCGUAAACCUGAUCGACGAAAACGAAUUCGUCUGAAGAAGUAUUCGUGCGAUUGGAUUGGAUGUGAUAAACAAUAUUGUUAUCGUUAUGAACUCGUGGCCCACAUCCGGUCCAUACAUACCGGUGAGCGGCCGUUCAAAUGUGACGAAUGCGACAAAACAUUUCCAACCGAUUACUGUCAUAGAGUUCACGUAAAGAAUUGUCAUAGAAUUGAGAAAUUUAAAUGUCGUUACAAUGGCUGCGAUAAAGAAUAUCAAUUUCGUAGUUCACUCGAUGACCAUCAUCUCCGUCACGAAGGCUUAUAUCAGAAGACAUUCAGAUGCGAUGUCGACGGUUGCGAUAAAAGUUUUUAUAAAAAUUAUUUACUUAAAGUACAUAAACGUAUAGCACAUACUGACGACAGGCCCUACCCGUGCGAUUGGCCCGGUUGUGACAAACGGUAUAAACGAUCGCGAAGUUUGACUGUACAUCGCGAAUGUCAUCUGAAUGUACGAAAAUAUCGGUGCGAUAUCGAUGGUUGCAAUAAGACAUUUGCAACUAAAAAACAUUUAUCGGGACACAAAAUAUUUCACACCCGACCACACAAGUGUUCGUGGCCCGGAUGUGAGGCCAGGUUUGGUCAUAAUACUAAACUCGUUGAUCAUAUGAAUGGACAUCAGGGACUCAAACCACAUAAAUGUCAUUAUCCUGAAUGUGAUGUCAGUUAUUCACAGCGAACAUCACUCGAAAGCCAUUUGAAAUCUAAACAUAAUUUUAUGAAAUCAUAUCAAAGAUAA